GAACGCCUCUUUUGUUGACGUCUCUGACAACUCUCGAUGUGAUUCCAACUCAUCUUCGUCCAACUCAAGCCGCCAGACAUCAAUGCCGUCCGUUACAUUCAGAGACCAAUUUGUAGCCAUUUUUGUGAAACAAAGUAACCACUGUAAACAACCAUGGCGGACGAAUCAAAGGAAAAUGCUGAUUCGCUCAUUGCUGAUAUUCACAAAAGAAUAACAGAAGCCUUUGAAAUUUUCGAUAAUGAAAACAAUAAAACAGUGGAUGUAAGGGAGGUUGGAACAAUUAUACGGUCCCUAGGAUGCUGUCCCACUGAAGCAGAACUGACAGAUAUGCUUGUUGAGAUAGAAGAGGAGGAUGAAGCAGGCUAUGUUAGAUUUGAAAAAUUUCUUGCAAUGAUGACGAAGGUUUUAAUGGAAAGGAGAUACAAACCUUCACCAGAAGAUGUUUUACUGAAAGCAUUUCUUGUAUUAGACCAAGAUGGAAAGGGUUAUCUCACACAAGAUGAACUAGCCAAAUACAUGACAGAAGAUGGUGAACCAUUCCAGCAGGAGGAAUUAGAAGAAAUGCUCUCAGCUGCUGUAGAUCCUGAGAAAGGAUCAAUACUGUAUAAAGAAUAUGUGUCUAGACUGGCUGUAGAGGAAGUGUGAUGGGGAAGAAUGUAGUAAAAAGGCAUUGAAUAAACAUGACAGCUCUAUAACAUUCACACAAUUGACUGUCAAGUGGAAGAAAAAAUUAACAUGAAUUACUUUAUGUCUGCAAGUUGGGUGAAAAUGUUGAAGAUUGUUAACCUUUGUACAUGUAUAGCAGGAUACGAGAAAGAAUAAAUGUUUAAAACAAUUAGAGAAAAA